CAGAACCGUGGAGAGCAGCCGCCAUGGAAUGAGGGAGAGCCAGAUAGCGAUUGGAUAAUCAUAUUAAGACGCAGAUAUCGCGAGUAGAGAGCAGUGUGCCUAUUGGUCAGGACUGACGGGACAGCAGAUUUACUGACAAUGAUAGGACAGCUACGGCAUUGGAGAUACAUUACUUCCACGACCUCGUAUAAAAAGUGAAAUAACAGUGAUUUAUUCUACUUUAUCUCUUCAUUAUCAAGCUUUGUCAUUCCUCACAUUCGAUGAGGUGGAACUGAUAGCAUGCAGCCGAGGGACAGGACAUUGUAAAUAGCAACAGUGCGCUCAGGACAGGAGGUUCAAAAGAUUGAGGACCAAAACAAUCUGAACAACAAAACCAACAGUCAUGGCUGCAGAGAAUAACUUUCCUCCAAUACCGGGGUUCAUCCCCCUGCAGCCGUGUUUCUACCAGGACUUUGAUGAGGAGAUCCCUGAACAGCAUCGCACCAUGUGCAAGAGACUCUACCACCUGUGGAUCUAAAUUCACUGAGGAGGAUGGUCCCCCGCUAUCUCCUCUGAGGAGCCUUCACACUAGUGUGUCUCUCAUCCAGGCCGGUGGGAGAUUAUGCAUACGCUGCCCCUUCUCAUCUAUUGACUUAUAUUUUCUUCUCUCUGCAGACCCCCCCCCCCCCCCCAUUUAGACAGGUAUUCUGAACCACUUAUACACCAAUAACAGUGUUGAUGGAGUAAUCUGUUAAAUCCUUUCUGUCAUUCCUUUUGUAUGUUGUGCUUGAUCUGCAUGUUUGAUGUUUCUAUGAGUUUAUGUUUCCAUGAUUUCAGUCAUUCUAAAAUGUAUUUGAAUCCAUUUAACUAAUCUCAUUGAAUAGUCACCCUUGUUACAUUAGAUGUAUUGGUCAAGAAUAGACAGAAUUGUACAGAAAACUCAAAAGUAACCAAUUAAAAUACUUCUAGCCUUCACUUCGUUUCUUUGCCUGAGAUGAAAAAAGACUAAUCACUUAAUGGGUCUAUUAUUAUAGCUCUGGUUGGGUUUGUAGUUCGGAUGAAGGGAUAUCUUUUCCCUUUGUGAACCAGUAAUUGAAGCUGAUUGGCUGCCUGUGGCAGUUCUGUGGAGCAGGCUGGAACUGAACCCCUAGCUCACGCAGCGCUUUAAUUACAACCAAUUCGAUCUUAAGAGAAGUAGGUUUGCUAGAUUACUGAGACUUAGAGCAAAACAGAGAAGGGGGAAAAAAAUAUGGACACCUGCAGAAAGGGCACUCAAGGAACCGGAGUGGACAGAAAGUGCACAUUUAUCUGAGAGCUGGUUCCCUGACUGGUGUUAUUAUUAUACUUUUGCUUUGUUCUACUGGUGUGUAUAACAGUGUGUUCUCCUGGUGAUGUGUUUUACAGUGCAUGCAAUCACCCUGGCUGUGAAUCUGGUGGGCUGCUUUGUGUGGAUGCUGGGUGGAGGGGGCGUGACAAAUUUUGGCAUGGCCAUCAUAUGGUUGAUUCUCUUCACCCCCUGCUCCUAUGUGUGUUGGUUCAGGCCCAUCUACAAGGCCUUCAAGACUGACAGCUCGUUCAACUUCAUGGCGUUCUUCUUUGUGUUCAUGGCCCAGGUGGGCAUCAGUAUUAUCCAGUGCAUAGGGAUCCCAGGCUGGGGAAACUGCGGCUGGCUGGCCACCAUCUCUUUCUUCAGCUACAACCUUUGGAUCGCCUUGCUGAUGCUCAUCCCCACCCUCUUUUUCACUGCCACGGCAACGCUGUCCUUCAUCGCCCUCACCAAGGUCCAUAACUUCUACCGUGGCAGCGGGGGAAGCAUAGGCAAGGCUCAGGAGGAGUGGACUACAGGGGCCUGGAAGAACCCCCACGUCCAGCAGGCAGCGCAGCAGGCAGCUAUGGGAGCCGCCACGGGGGCCAUGAUGCCGGAUCAGCAGUACUCCAGCAACACCCCACAGUACAAUGACAACCAGAUGUAGGGGAUAAAGUGGAGGGAGGGAAGCAUGUCAAAGCAUGAGCAGGAGUUUGUUAUCUGUUUAUCCCAUCCCCCAAAAAUGUGUCUUCAUCACAGCAGCUCUUUCAAUAGGCAAUGGGUCUUCAACCCUUUCUUUGCCCAGGGACCCUCUCCCAGGCAAACCGGCAACCUAGCCAUUAUUUUCUUCUCACAUGUCUUGUCUUAGCAUCAAGUGAAUGAUAUGUUUGCAAAAAUUUAUGUCCAAGUCAAGAAAGUUUACCAGCAGCCAGCGGCACUUGACGCACUGGUAGCCUACAGUAUGCCAGAUACUUCAGUGUCAGCUGGUAAUUGGCUCCAGUGAGUGUAAUUAGCUCAAUAUUUGGAGUUAAUAAAUAAUGUUGACAUCAUUAGAAAGAAGACAUUCUCCUAUUUCUACUGUAAUAAUUUAUUCUGUUGUUGCUAGCGAUAUAACCCUGCUAUAGGUCACUAUACUACACUAUCACACUAUACCAACUGACUCUGAACACCCAUAACGUAUAGACAUUUCAUGUUCCCAGCAACAACACUGAAUUACAGUAUCUGGUUUCUACUGUGUGAUGUCAUAUUCCUGCUUCUGCUGCUUUGUUUUGACGUGUCACAUCAAAGAUGCGUCCCUAUCUUAUAUCACUGUGUUAGCAGGGCCCUGUGGCCACAUGCACACAGCACCAACUCUGCUUGUCAGAGCUCAUUUUGAUCACCCACUAUCCUCUCCUCAAUGCUCUUCGGGGGGGGGGGGGGGGGGGGG